AUGAUCCAGCGAGGAGAUGUGAGAGUGAGAAGUCAGGUAGGAUUUGACCCAGAAGGAAAAGGUUCCUACUCAUACCUGUGCAUCGACUUCCGCACCCUACACUCCUUCUCAGACUCUAGUCUUAUCCCUGGUCCUGGCUUCAGUUCGGCUGGGCCUGUGUCUGGCAGGAGGCUCCGCAGACUGCUCAGCUUCCAGAGGUACCUGCACUCCUCCCGUCUGCUCCGGGGAACACCCCACCUCAACCCCCUCCACAUCCUGGAUGAGGACUACACCGGACAGGCCAAGUGUAUGCUGGAAAGGGUCACGACCUGGAAUUUCGACAUUUUCCUCUACGACAGAUUAACCAAUGGAAACAGCCUGGUGACGCUGACCUUUCACCUCCUUAACCAGUAUGGUCUGUUGGAGCUGUUUCAGCUGGACAUGGUAAAGCUGUGGCGCUUCCUGGUCAUGGUGCAGGAAGACUACCACAGCCUCAACCCCUACCACAACGCUGUGCACGCUGCUGACGUCACGCAGGCCAUGUACUGUUACCUGCGAGAACCCAAGCUGGCCAAGUCCCUGACGUCCUGUGACAUCCUCCUGGGCCUGUUGGCAGCCGCCACUCAUGACCUGGACCACCCGGGAGUCAACCAGCCCUUCCUCAUCAAGACCAACCACUACCUGGCCAAGCUCUACAGGAACUCCUCUGUUCUGGAGAACCACCACUGGAGGUCUGCAGUAGGUCUGCUCAGAGAGACCGGCCUGUUCUCCCACCUGCCUGCUGAGGACGGGCUGAAGAUGGAGCACCAACUGGGUUCUCUUAUCCUAGCCACUGACAUCAGCAGACAGAACGAGUACCUGGGAAAGUUCAGGACACACCUGGACCAGGAUGACCUGUACCUGAGCAACGCCAGCCACCGACACUUCAUCCUCCAGAUGGCUCUGAAGUGUGCAGACAUCUGCAACCCCUGCAGACCCUGGGAACUGAGCAAACAGUGGAGUGAGAAAGUGACGGAAGAGUUCUUCCACCAAGGAGACAUUGAGAAGAAGCACAGACUUGAAGUCAGUCCACUGUGUGAUAGCCAGAGUAACUCCAUGGCAAACAUUCAAAUUGGUUUCAUGACGUACGUGGUGGAGCCUUUGUUUGUUGAGUGGGCCCGGUUCUCUUACACGCGUCUGUCCCAGACCAUGCUGGGCCACCUGGGGCUGAACAAGGCCAUCUGGGGUGGGUUAGUACAGCAGGAGGGGUCCUCUAGCCCCGAGGAGCUGGAACCUAGCAGCCCUGCCUUCUUCACCAUGCCAACGCCCACCGUCACCGAGUCAGAACCAGAGUCUGCCUCUGCCGCGGAACCCAUAGCUGUCACCACGGCAACAGCCACAGAAGAAACCAACUACAAAGAAAUACCUCAGGGAAGCAAAGAGUCCUGACACUCCAUGUUUGCCCUUAGAACCCUGACCCCUGACCGCCUCGACAAACACUGGGGAGAGGGUGGGAGGAGCGGGGUAUGGCCUUUAACCCCCCCUACUCCCACUGCCCCACCCGAACAGUACUCACGUUUUUGUUGCCUUUGCCUCCCAUAUUUGACAAACCACAGAUUUUAUUUAUUUCAUUUUUAAUUCCUUUCCUUGACAUACAUAGAUACUGCUGCUGUAUUUAGUAUUUUUAUUGGCUUGUUUUAUUUAUUUAUUUGUCCUCUGUAGUUUUAGCCUUACUAAUGUAACACCACCAUUUUGAAGGCGAAGUGCCAUUCUUAAACAAAGUUCUGUAGGAUGUUUUGAAAGUGAUUUGAAACACACUGAGUAUUGAAGAGAUGCUCUCCUAAGACUGCACAGAGAUGCUCUCCUAAGACUGCACAGAGAUGCUCUCCUAAGACUGCACAGAGAUGCUCUCCUAAGACUGCACAGAGAUGCUCUCCUAAGACUGCACAGAGAUGCCGUGAUGUGUGUUGAUGCAUUUGUAAGGAAUCUUCUUCCUGAAGAUAAUGUGACAAGCCCAGUCCUUUUGCUGCCUCUUUGAAGACUGUUUACAGAUGUCUUGUUUGUCCUUGUUGUCCAUUCGAAAUGAAUCAUUAUGGUUCCGUGAUAUGCCUUCUAAGCACAGAUGCGAAGAACCACUAGUGUUUGAAUUGUUGACCCACUGCUUAAGUUGACUGAUAGAAACACCCCUGUGCUCCAUUGUAUUCACCUCUUCCUUGCACUGCCAAAAGACUGAAAUAUUGGACACACAACUUCUGUUCUGAGAGAACUUGGGUCAGACAGAAUGGUAUUCUAGAAUGCAACUGCCUUCUACUGUAUUCUAGAAUGUAACUAAUAUGAAGCAUUGUUGUCAGUGACUGUAGAGUAUGCGUGACCUCUAACCCUGGACCAGUCACUGAGGCAUAGUACACACACCCCAUCUGAAAACUCCCGUCACAACACCACUCACGCAGGGUGGACUGUAGGAGGGAAGUUUACUGUGGUUUAGCUACCUGUUAAACAUCUGUUUACGUCUACUGAAUGGGACUCUCUCCCUCUCAGAAUGUCUCUCAUUAUCAUCAUAGCCACAUGCAACCUAGGACUGCUGUACCGAUGCCUUAUAACUAUGCACACUGCGCUAAGUGACCAAACCAGCUCCUACUACUAGUUCUAGUAAUCUCAUGAAGUACAUCGUAUGCACUGUCUGAUUUUCUUUAGCCUUUGUGAGGAAAAACUGAACUCAAACACAUUCUGUAUAUAAAUGGUUAUUUUUUUUACAUUCCAUCUCCAUUUAUAUAUUUUUUUGAUUCUGUAGACUGCACAAAGAUUUUAAUAACAGGUGCUUUUUCCUAUUUUAGCAUUUUCGCUGUAAGACUGUUGCGACAGCCAUUUUGGGAAGAUUUGUCAAGCCAUUUUGUAAAGGAUUUGCCGUAUUGACCUUUUGAU